AUGAAGCGCAGCAGGUCCUCUUCGGAAGGUCGUGCAGCUGGCCCUCCACCCAAGAAGCGAGGCCUCGGUGCCACAACAAGCGAUGUUACACUUCCAUUCCGAGGGGUUAGAAACAAUACAUCCGCCUAUCUGCCCCUUGAUCCAAAAGUCAACGAGAUUCGCUAUGUUGCUGUUGAUCCCGGCGAAGGCGACGCGCCUCUCUCGGGCUUUCUUGGUUAUCUCGAGUUGCGAGGAUCGCAAACCCAUGCUCCAGCUAUAUCCUACCAAGCGGUCUCGUACUGUUGGGGCGAAAUUAAAGAUACACUUGGGUUCACCCUUCGAUGCGCCAGAACAAAAGAAGCAACAGCAAAGAGUUCACAGGAAGCGUGGACGGCGCAACUAUAUCAGAUAACACGAAACCUUGAUGCACUCCUUCGCGCACUACGACAGCCUGACAAACAUAGGGUUCUUUGGAUUGAUGCUAUUUGUAUAGCUCAGGACAAUGCUGUCGAAAAAACUCACCAGGUCAGCUCCAUGGGCUUGGUUUACAGUUCAGCAUCGGAGGUACUGGUCUGGUUAGGAGAGGCGGAC